GGGUGGUUGUUCACUUGCUCUCUAUACGAGACUUGGCUGACGCCAGAAGGUACUGAUGGGACCGUAUGAAUUAUUCGACAAUCACGGGUCAGGCAGGCCUCGAGUCCAGCAGUCGGAAGAGACAGCGCCUUUCUUAUGAUGUGUCAUCCAGCGAUGCUGAAAGCGAGUCCUUGGCGGAUCCGGCCUCACCAGACAUUCGGUCAUAUCAACCGCUUUACGAUGAGGUGGACCUCGAAGUUGCUUUGCGACAGCGCCUUUUGGCAACUAUUGAGGGGCGUAUUCAAUGGGCUACCCUCUUACUGAACUCUUUGGAGAGCCAGAAAGAGACCGAGGUGUCCACACCAGCAACGGAGGUCGAUGAAUUCCAGGAAGCCGCACUCGAUGCCCUCGACGCCCUGGAGGCACCCUCAUCCAUCAUAUUCGACACAGCUGCUCCGGAAGAACCAGAAAUGACCCCUCGUUCAUUCUCUCCCUUAGUCUCUGUGCCGCCGCCGCCGCCGCCUCAGCGAGUUUCGAAAACGCGAGCAUCUCGCGUCCCGAAGCUCUCGCAACCCAAGAAACUACUCUACAUUCGCUUGGCCCCCGACGGCCCAGAAGCGAAUCAGUUAGCGAUCCUUGCGUGCCCAACCUGUUCUCGCACACAAUUCACAACCCUUCAAGGCCUUCUCAAUCAUGCGCGCUUGGCACAUGGUAUAGAAUGGGCUAGUCAUGAUGUGUGUAUAACAGCAUGCGCUCUCCCCGUUACCCCCGACGACGACGUUUGGAAGACGUAUCAACAAGAAGGUGUAGAGGUACCUUGGGGUGGUAACGUGGUCGGGCUUAGGAGGCUCUUCGAACGUGCAGUGGGCGUCGAGGGGCAUUUCAUCUCACCACCCGACGCCGAUCAGCAACAGUUCACUUCGCAAGAUGCGGCCGUAAUACCCAGUACCCUUCUCUCUCGUACUCUGGGCCUUCACGCUGACUCCCCAUCGCUUGCGCCAUUCCUCGGUAGAGCGCCAAAGAGACGAUGUAUUCACGUUCACAAUGAAGCACAAGACGUAGAUAUAACCAGUAUCGAUGAGCAUCCUCAUCGACAAGUUACCAUGCCACACAUUAGUACAGAACGACAACGGCCACAGUUCCGUAUGACCUAUCCCCACCGAAGUGCAGCACGGCCAGAACUCGACCUUGCUAUUGACUUAGAGACAAAGGUAGCAGCUGAGACCGAAAAUACAGGCGCUGCCGGUCUUUUGCCUAAUACCUUAGCGUCUCGUUUUCACAUCACGGCCCGCGUCCGUGUUGAAGACCGUAGCCUUUACCUUACUAAGGACCGUCAGACAAAGCUUAAUUCUCCACACCAGUAUCGAUGGAUGAUUGCGGUGACAGCUCCUUCAUAUGCUUUGCCCUUAGCCUCCUACUUGACUCGUGUUACUGUCUUUCCACCUGUCGCUGUAUCUCCAGUGCCGCUAACUGUAGAUAAGCAACCCUUUGCGGUCAUUGGCACCGCGGACGAUCCCUUCUUAGCUAAGGUAUUCUUGGAAUGGAUCGGGGGUGGGAGAUUGGAGAUUGAACACUGGGUCGAUCUUGAUCCAUCCAAGUCUUCCACCUCAGUCUUGGGUUCUGACGAGAUGAUUGAUGUCGAAGUUGACCGCAACGUCACUCUUCUCCCUGUGUCCAGCGGAGCUCUGCCACCAUUACCCUCACUCGAUCGGCAGCUCAGUCCUGAUUCAUUUAUAGCACCUCCUGACCUGUCUGGAAGCCGAGCUAGCGUUGGCCCGAGUGAAUACCCCCAUGAACAGAUCCUGAGGUCCUUACUCCCAAGGGCACCGAUGACUGCGAAAGAUGUGAAACCGAGGAGCAACAUUCGUGUACCUUACAAACUAGUACCAAGCCCAGGCCACCUUUUGGCUCUCUUACCGGGGAAGCGGAAAGCCAUCGAGUGGGCACGGGCGCGUACACUGCAUGACCUUUACAUGGAACAUGCUGCCUCAACUUCAUCUCCACAUAUCCCACUAACUGUUGGUGAUGUGUACGCCUGGCUGGAAGAUACGCCCCUCUUUCCGAGGCCAACUUCCUUGGCGGUACCGAUCGAGGUGAAAAAGAAGGCGAAAGAGAAGGAGAAGGAAGGAACACCAAUGGCUGGCGACCUUCCAUGUCCUGUCUGUGGUAUCAAACAGCGGUUGCACCCGGAGUAUGAGGUCAAGCCUGAAGAGGACGCUCGCGGCUGGACAUGUGCAGUCGUUCCCCGCCGUGAUCAAGAGCGGCUCGAAAAACCUCCCCUGGUCGAUUUAAGUGCGGCCUUUGCACCUCGAGAUGAACUCGAGCAGGCCAUUUAUGGUCCGCCGUCACCUGCCGGCAAUGAGAAUGCAGAGCAGAGCAACAGUGUUGCUCUACAUACGUUACCUGCUUUCCGGUAUUCGCCACGCGAUAUAAUAACUCUCUCACCCCCCGAGCUCAUUCUGGCUGUUCAAAAAAGUGUCGGAGAGAUUCGUCUUUCACACUUUCCAUGCGAAUCUUCCAACCGAGGUUUCCUGGCGUCGAAAGAAGUCGUGGAGCAAAAUCUCGCCCCAUCGGCUUUAUUGUCAGCAGUACUGAAACCCUUCAUAUCCGCUCUUAUUCGUCCCGCUCUGGAAGUCGCAAAGCGCGAUCUACUCGUCGUGACCAGUAGCAACGCUCCUACAACCAAGGGUAAAGGCAGUCGACCACCUAGGCCGAAAAAGGUGCCGUUUGUGCUGACACCAAGUCAUAUCUUACGGGGAGUGCAAUCGGGUUUUACACCGCCUCGGGCAGGUGCAGACGCGCAGGCUAUGCGGGACAUCACGACAAAACAAGCUUUGGCAUUGUGUCUUGCUCGACUUGGUUUAUCCCCAUGACUUUGGGCGCCAGAGGAGUCUUGGACGAAAAUCCCCUGAUACUGAAGGAGUCACAGAACUGACACCGGUGAAAGAAGAACCCAAGUAACUGUAACCCCGCGAACCCCUCCGCACAUACCGAUAGUAACCGUUCUCCGCAUUGCGGCGUUCGGUCCACGACAUCCCAGUCUGCGGGGCUACCUUUCAUUCCAUCAGAAGGCUGACGAAACCGACUUGAAGCGGGGAAUCACAUGCCGCACCCACCCCGAAUUGCAAGUUUCCUCCCUCCGCGGACCGCAUAACAGGGGCAUGGGUAAUACUUUCUGCAUCACAUGUACAUCCAUGCCAUGCAAGCUGGAUAAACCAAAGAGGAGUUCAAGUUUUGCCUUCGCCGUAUUCGCGGAUAAAUACGCGUGUUAGCCCUACUGUCGAGUCCAUUGUAGAAGUACAUAUAUCAAGUACUCAGGUCUGUGGUUCGAGACAAAUUGACAAUUGACUUGGUGACUGAAUCAUGAUGCU